UUGCGUCGUUAUUAGCAAAAUUAUCAUAUUUUUAAACGUUACUUAGCAACAAUGACUAGUGCAUUUCUAGUGCCAGGCAUUACGCAGUAUAGUCGGGCUCUGAAAAUUCAGCCCGACCAAGUAGUAAAAUCUAUAGUGGGAUUAUCUGCAAUCUGAUUGGUUGACAGCAACCGAGCAAACUCAAAUGCGCUGUUUCGCAACAUCUAGUCGGGCUCUGAAAAUUCAGCCCGACCAAGUAGUAAAAUCUAUAGUGGGAAUAUCUGUAAUCUGAUUGGUUGAGAGUAGCUGUGAACACACUCAAACGUUUAACAACAUCUAGUCGGGCUCAUUUCAAAAGCGUGACUUGAAUUUUGAGCUUUCGAAAUAUACGUUCGGAAAUCGUGAUAACUUACAUUACAAUGGCUUCGGCUAAUGAAAUCGAUAUAAUAAGUGAACUACAAAAGAAACCAUUUUCUGUUCGACAAUCAGGCGAGCAAAAUAUACUCGUAAAGCAGCGGCCAAUACCAAAUUUACAAGCGACUACAGGCAAUAGAAGCUUUCAGGAAAGUUGGUACUCGAAGAAAGAUUGGCUUUGUGGUAGCUCAGAAAAGAAUGCAUUGUUCUGUUGGCCUUGUCUUUUGUUUUGCCCUGGAUCGUCAUCUUCAUGGACGCAGACGGGAUUCCAAAACAUGAAGAAUUUCCUAUCCGAUUGUAAGAAGCAUGAGAAGGCAAAAUCGCACAUGGGUGCUUACAAGACCUGGAGGACCUACGGUUUUCAGCCUCGUGUCGACUUUCUCAUGUCACAAGCCAGACGUGAAGAGAUUCAGCGUCAUAACGAGGAGGUAAGGCAAAACAGGGAAAUGUUGAAAACCAUAACAGAAGCUGUUUUAUACUUGUCUAGGCAAGAGCUUGCAUUUAGGGGGCAUGAUGAAUCUAGUGGAAGCAUGAAUAGAGGAAAUUAUAGAGAGCUACUUGAAAGUUUUGCCAAUAUGGAUUCUGUUUUUGAAAGGCGAUUACAUGGCAGGCUUGCUGAAACCCACCUUGCUGGGGGAGGGCGGUUUACUGGAGUCUCUCCUGAUAUUCAGAAUGAUUUGAUUGAUUGUCUUGAUAAGAUAAUAGAGGAUGAGAUUUUAAAGGAAAUAGAUUGCUGCACUUUCUUAAGUAUACAGGUUGAUGAGGCAACUGAUGUUUCUACCAAAGAACAAUUGAGUGUAAUUGUUCGAAUGGACAAAGGGGAAAGUGUCAUUGAAAGACAGCUUGGGUUUGUUGAUGUUAGUUGUGAUAGGACUGCAACUGCUAUAUCAUCAGUGGUUAAGGAGAAUUCUUGAGCAGUCAUCCAUACUUUAUUCUAUCUUGCAAGACAAGGACACUGACUUUCAUUAUGGAGUGAGUAGGGUUGAGAGAUUCAAGGCCUUUGUUGCUUCUCUGAGAAAUGAUACAGAAUAUUGUCAGGUGUACGACCUGGCUGUUGAGAAAGUGGGACCACCAGUAACCAGGUAUGACCAACGGCAUAAUUACAAACAAAUGUAUUUUGAAAUUCUUGACACAAUUGUGACUAUGCUGACUGAGCGAUUUCAGGAUAUGGAGCGUUUUAGAUUUUAGACCUUGUUAACCCUAGGGUGUUUAAAAUGUGGAAAGGUGAAGUGCCCUCAGAAAAGAUAAAUCUUCUAAAGGAGGUUUAUGGUGAUAUGUUUGACAUACCAAUGCUAGUUAGCCAACUUUGUUUUAUUUACAGAGAUAAAGACUUUCACCGUGAUUCAUGCGAUGAACUAUUGAAAUAUAUUUUUCAGUUCCAUCUUCAAUCUAGUAUUCCAGAAGUUGUAAAACUGUUAAAGAUAAAUGGGGUUUUGUCAAUUACAAGUGCUUCAGUUGAGAGGUCAUUUUCUUGUUUGAAGAGGGUAAAAAAUUAUCUUAGAAAUACUAUGAGCCAAGGACGUUUUAGUUCUCUUUGCAGGAUUUCCAUUCACAAAGACAUACUGUCAGAGAAAGAAGACGCCAACACAUCGCAUGAUGAGGUAGUAAAGAAGUUCAUUGAAAAACCACGAAGACUUGCUUUCUUAUACAAAUAGGUAUUCAUAUAUGGCUGAUAGCAAGCUGUUGAUGUCUUACGUCCAUGGCAUGUGAGAAUUUUUCCGGGAACUUUUUAAUGCAGGCAAUGAUGAUUGUCAUUUCAGCACGGCAAUGAACGGCAUCACAACUUUUGAUAGUUGUUGAUGACAAAUCUGAGCCUUUUUCGGUUCUUUUGUCAAAGUUUCUUUACAAGAUGUACAUAGGUAUCUAUUUAUGUAU